GGGGCGAUGAGGGCGAUCACAGGCGCCGUCGUCUCCUCCAAGCCCUGCUCCCUCCCCAAGGCCAUCCGCAUCCUCCACCACUUCUACGACUCCGCCGCCUCGAACCUCCCCUCCGCCGACUGCGCCACUUACCUCCGCACCGCCGCCGAAGCCACCAGGGAGCACGGGCUCUUCCGCCGCGGGCUCCGCGCUAAUCAGCAGCAGGGUGCCGCCAAUCUCGAGGCCUACGACUAUGAGGGGGAGAGAAAGCACCAAGACCGGGAGAGGAAAGGGGACACGGCUGUUCUAGCUGGUGGUUCCCACCGCGAUUCCGCUGAGGAGAUGGAGCUAGACGCUGCCAUUGGCGAGAAGAAGAGCAAGAAGAAGAAGAAUAAAGAGGAUCGCUGGCAGGUCAGAGCUGUUGCUGGCGUUGAAUCGCACAUUCCCUCUUCACCGGAAAUUGGCAGGGAGAAGAGGAAGGAGAAAAUUUUAAUUAAGGAAAUCAUCGCCCAUGUGAAGCAGGAGCCAGUGGACGAAGAAUUAUUGAGUGAGAAGAAGAGCAAGAAGAAAAAGGAGAAGGGUCGUGUAAAACUAGAAGAGGAAGCGAGGGAUGUGAAUGAAGUGGGCGGAAAAAUUGUCAACGACGGUGGGUUAGAACAAAAUGUUGCUGGUGGGGAGAAGAAAAGGAAGAAAAAGAAGCAUGAAGAGGAAAUUAGCUCCAAGGAUGUGAAGCAGGAGGAGAAAAUGGCCCGUGAUGGUGAUCUGGACAGUGAGAAGAAAAGGAAAAAGAAGAGGGGGAGAGUUGACAAUGACGACCACAUGCUGGAGCAAGUAGAGCAUACAAAGAAGAAGCAAUGGAAGUAAUCCUGAUAUUAGUUAUGA